AUGGAAAUACAUUCUGUCAAACCAAUUCGGGUUUGGCUCACGCCACCUGGACCUAAUCCGUGGAAGCCCAUUUUCUUGCUCGAAGAGCUAGGUCUAAGCUAUCAGAUUCAGUCUUUUCGUUUCGAUGAUGUUAAAAAAGAGCCGUUUAUCAGCAUCAAUCCGAAUGGCCGCGUGCCGGCUAUCGAAGACCCAAACACAGGGGUCACACUGUGGGAAUCAGGUGCAAUUUACCAGUAUCUAAUUGAACAAUACGAUACGAAGAAUCGCCUAACCUACGACACGCUUUCGGAGAAACAUAGGUGUAAUCAGUGGUUACAUUUUCAGAUGAGUGGCCAAGGCCCUUACUUUGGACAAUGCGGCUGGUUUCAGCACUUACACCCCGAAAAGAUUCCAUCGGCCAUCGAGCGUUAUAGUAAUGAGGUCAGGCGGGUGUUGGGCGUUUUAGAAGGCGUAUUAGCGGCCAAACCAGCUGCUGCUCAGUGGCUAGUCGGUGACAAAAUGACAUUUGCAGACAUGGCCUUUGUGCCAUGGAACGGCCGUCUCAAUGAAGUGUUGAUGCAGCCAUGGGAUGAGAUAUGGGAUGGCCUACCCCAUGUACGCGCUUGGCACGAGAAGAUGGUUGAGCUUCCAUCUUGGAAACGAUCUAUGGAAAAACGCAGUCGCCUAAUGGAUGAGCAGGGCUUGCAGUGGAACGGGUUUCCAAAGGGUAUCCAAUCGUUUCAGGAAUACGAGAAAGUCAUAGAGAAUAAUGCCAAAUUCGCGACCUAA